CAGUCUUCAGUGAGCGUGCGUCGGCAUUGGCAGCAAGUUGGCUAAAAGCGGAUCCUCCUUAGUGAACCAACCAACCCCCCGAUCUCUCACUCUUUCGCCCCCGACAUAUUUGCUUUUCCAGUUUCCCUCGCUCUCAGCCGCUCUCUUUGCGUGAGUUCGUGUCGUGUUGUGUGUUCGUGUGUUUUUGAGUUGGUUCAGUUUUUCGCGACACCGAUUGACUUGCCCAACCGACUUCCAAUCUCAGCAGCAAAUUGGCGCCACCAACGAAUCUCGAGCCCUACACCAUGGCUGUCAUCACGGAACAUGGCGGCACCACCUCUCCUCCGGAAAACAACAAUAGCAUCGGAAAUGGAAAACUCCGGGUUAAUGGUCAUCAGUUGAGCACAUCUCUAACCAUUCCGGAAUUCUUUGCCCACAAGAAUAUCUUCGUUACCGGAGGAACUGGAUUCUUGGGCACUGUCCUCAUCGAAGCACUUUUGGAUACACAUCCUGACAUUGGAACCAUUUACGUAUUGGUCCGAGGCAAGCGCAAGUUUGAUCCAAACGAGCGAAUUCGUCGACUGCUCCAGAAGCCGAUUUUUGAAAAGUAUUCAGAAAAGACUCUAUCAAAGGUGGUCCCUGUCGUUGGUGAACUCAGUGAACCCAACUUUGGUUUUGGUCCUGAGCUCCUGCAGGAGCUGAUCGACCGGGUCAAUGUGAUCUACCACAGUGCCGCCACUAUCAAGUUCAGCUCCCCGCUGCGCACAGCCAUUCGCACCAAUCUCACGGGAACGAUGCGCACCAUUGAGUUGGCCAAGCAAUUAAAGCAACUGGCUGCCUACAUCUAUUGCUCCACGGCCUUCUGCAAUAGCAAUAAUCGUGGCCUUAUUGCCGAAGAGGUGUAUAAGUCACAGUUCGAUCCGUAUGAAAUGAUGAAAAUGGCUGAGGAUGAUUCCGCCUGGGAGGAUUUCACUGAUCAGAAGUGCAAGGGCUAUAUCCGGGAUCAUCCCAAUACUUAUACGUUUACCAAGAAUCUCUCAGAAAAUCUACUGAUGGCCGAGAUGACGGGACUACCGGCUGCCAUAGUAAGGCCAUCAAUUGUUUAUGGAACCUUGGAGCACCCGAUGAAAGGAUGGGUGGGUAAUGCGAACUCUGGUCACCUGGGCUUUUUGGCCGGCUUUGUGAAGGGAAUUUUCCGUACAAUGUGCGGUAAUGCUAAUGCUGUGAUCGACAUCAUACCAUGUGACUAUGUGAUCAACUCAUCACUGGUCAUGGGCUGGUAUGUGGGCACCAGAAAAAUGGAGCAGCCGGAGAUCAUUCAUUGUACUUCCGGAGAGGUUAAUCCUUUGAAUCUCGCUGAAUUCUGCACAAUCAUCAAUGACAGCGUGGAGCGGCAUCCACCAAACAGUUUCGUUUGGAAACCGGCGACGAAGUUGCGCAAUGGAUGGCGUUACAAUCUGUUCUUCUAUCUCUUCCAUUUGCUGCCAGCGCUGGUCUUUAUCAUACCAGAGAAGCUAUUCGGAAUCGGAAUGCCACAGCACACAGCCUACGAGUACAUGCGAGUUUUCCAAAAGGGAACCAAGGCCUUUGACUACUUCCUGGACAAGGAUUUCCGAUACUCCUUGAAGAAUGCGCUGCGUAUAUCAGCCUUAAUACCAGAAAGCGAUCGAAGGCGUUAUAAUUUCGAUGCCAGUCAAUGUGAUUGGUCGGAGUUUAUUGAUCGUUGUCUUAUUGGUAUCCGACGUUUCUACUUCAAGGAGUCGGCAGUGACUACGGAUUGGCAUCGUAACUACUGGAAGGUCUUCAACUUCCUAUACUACGCCGGCUAUGUUGUCAUCUUUGCCGUCCUGUACUUCGUCUUUACUCUAACUCUGGGCCUGCAAAUCGGCCUUACGUUGGCUGUCCUGAUCUGGGGAUUCCUCGUCUGGUUGUAGCCCGCUUUCUGGAUAGCCAACCGUUGGAUUGUGCAAUAUUCCCACUCCAAGUCCGAUCCUUUCCCACAUGGUUGUUCGUUUCCAUCCGUAGUUUGUUCUUAGUAGGGUAUCACGUAUUUUACUUUUAAGUCCUUUCACACAAGCCAAGUACAAGUCAAAAAGAAAGUGUAUCAUAAUUAAUUAACAAUCAAAGCAACACAAGACAUGAAUCUAUUCACACAGCAAUGCAAAAGUAGCCCAAAACUUAGUCACAUUAACUAAACACUAAAUGUAAAAAACAAAAAUGAACAAUUAUAGAUUGUUGUAAUAAUCAACCGGUUUAUAGUCAAAUAGUCGAAGAAAUACGAGAACUAAACUUUAAAUGAUUAAAUAUGUAACUAUUAUUCAAAUAAAUAUGAUUUUAAUAUUAAGGAAAA